AAUAUUUUUAAAAUUUGAUAAAACGAUAAAAUCAGUGAAUGAUGGAGUGGCCAGUUGUGAGUGACAGACCAUGGCAACCAGACACCUGCUCGUGGUGUGUGCGGCCGUGCUGGGCGCGGUGCAGGCGGGGCAGCAUGACAUCUACUCGGGGCAUUCUGUGUACGGAGUACAUGUGCGGAGUAAAGCACACCAGAUGCUCCUUCAUGAUCUGGAGCCAAUCCUGGACCUGGACGUGUGGCAGCACGGCAUCGUCUCGGAGAGAGAAGCUUUCAUCAGAGUGGCUCCUGAGAACAAGGAACUUUUCCUGAACGCUUUGGAAGAAGAGGGAAUAGAACACUACGUCCACCUGGAAGAUGUUGCUCAGGACUUAGAAGAGCGCGACAAUGAGCUGAAGUCGUGGAGGGCUUCGAAACAAAAUAGAAUGGCCUUCGAGGACUACCCCCGACAUGAAGAAGUUAAUGCGUACAUGGACAGGAUUGCUCUCCAGCACCCCGACCUGGCCACCGUUGUCACAGCUGGUAAGAGUUUCGAAGGACGCGACAUCAAGUACAUUAAGAUUUCAACAAGCAACUUUGAAGACAGUAGCAAACCUAUCUACAUGCUGACUGCGAUGAUCCACGCGCGCGAGUGGGUCACCACUCCAACCCUCCUGUACUCCAUGCAUCGGCUGGUGGAGAACUUGAGGAGUCAGGACCAAGACCUGCGGGAGGAUAUCGACUGGAUCAUCAUGCCGCUACUCAACCCUGAUGGCUACGAGUACUCACAUACGACCGAACGUCUUUGGCGAAAGACAAGGUCAUACAGACCUGAAUUCAACGACACAUGCUGGGGUGUGGACGGCAACAGGAAUUACGAUUCCGUAAACUUCGGUGUGAUUGGGGCUAGCAGUGAUCCCUGUAAUGUUACCUACCCUGGACCUGAACCCUUCUCUGAAGUGGAAACUGCUUACGUCCGAGACGUUUUGCUGGAACAUGUGGACAGGAUCCAAUUAUUCAUGGAUGUUCACAGUUUCGGCAAUUAUAUAACAUAUGGCUAUGGCGACGGUACGUUGCCACCGAAUGUGGUAGAGCUGCACCUGAUGUCUUCAGUGAUGGGGUCAGCUAUAGACGUGCACAAACUGCCCGAGGCUAAUUUCUAUAGAGUGGGCAACAGUGGCAUCUUGAUGUACCCCACCGCUGGCUGCGCUCAGGACUACGCUCAGUCUAUUGGCAUUCCCUUCUCGUUGACACUGGAGCUACCAAGCUACGGGCAACGAUUCGAGGUCUCUCCGCAGUACAUCAACCACAUAAACGAGGAGACGUGGCAAGGCAUCGCGGCCAGCGCCCGCGUCGCUCGCACGUUCUAUAAGGCAAGGACGAGCGCUCCUACUACCGAUCGUCCUACAGACCCUUCUACUGAUUCCUCUACAUACGAACCGACCAAAUCCACCACAUACCCACCUACCGAAACCACCACAUACUUACCUACUGAAACCACUACAAACCCAGCUACUGAAACCACCACAAACCCACCUACUGAAACCACUACAAACCCACCUACUGAAACCACUACAAACCCAGCUACCGAAACUACCACAAACCCACCUACUGAAACCACCACAUACCCACCUACCGAAACCACCACAUACUUACCUAUUGAAACCACUACAAACCCACCUACUGAAACCACCACAUACUUACCUACUGAAACCACCACAUACUUACCUACUGAAACCACUACAAACCCACCUACUGAAUCCACCACAUACUUACCUACUGAAACCACUACAAACCCACCUACUGAAACCACCACAUACCUACCUACUGAAACCACUACAUACUUACCUACUGAAACCACCACAUACCCACCUACCGAAACCACCACAUACUUACCUAUUGAAACCACUACCAACCCACCUACUGAAACCACCACAUACUUACCUACUGAAACCACUACAAACCCACCUACUGAAACCACCACAUACUUACCUACUGAAUCCACCACAUACUUACCUACUGAAACCACUACAAACCCAGCUACUGAAUCCACCACAUACUUACCUACUGAAACCACCACAAACCCACCUACUGAAUCCACUACAUACUUACCUACUGAAACCACCACAUACUUACCUACUGAAUCCACCACAUACUUACCUACUGAAACCACUACAAACCCACCAACUGAAACCACUACAUACUCACCUACUGAAACCACUACAUACUUACCUACUGAAUCCACUACAAACCCAGCUGCUGAAACCACUACAUACUUACCUACUGAAUCCACUACAAACCCAGCUGCUGAAACCACUACAUACUUACCUACUGAAACCACUACAAACCUACCUACUGAAACCACUACAUACUCACCUACUGAAACCACUACAAACUUACCUACUGAAACCACUACAAACCCAGCUACUGAAACCACCACAAACCCACCUACUGAAACCACCACAUACUUACCUACUGAAACCACUACAAACCCACCUACUGAAACCACCACAUACUUACCUACUGAAACCACUACAAACCCACCUACUGAAACCACCACAAACCCACCUACUGAAACCACCACAUACUUACCUACUGAAACCACUACAAACCCACCUACUGAAACCACCACAUACUUACCUACUGAAACCACUACAUACUUACCUACUGAAACCACCACAUACUUACCUACUGAAUCCACCACAUACUUACCUACUGAAACCACCACAAACCCACCUACUGAAUCCACCACAUACUUACCUACUGAAACCACCACAAACCCACCUACUGAAUCCACCACAUACUUACCUACUGAAACCACUACAAACCCACCUACUGAAACCACCACAUACUUACCUACUGAAACCACCACAUACUUACCUACUGAAACCACCACAAACCCACCUACUGAAACCACCACAUACUUACCUACUGAAACCACCACAUACUUACCUACUGAAACCACAACAAACCCACCUACUGAAACCACCACAUACUUACCUACUGAAACCACUACAUACUCACCUACUGAAUCCACCACAUACUUACCUACUGAAACCACUACAAACCCACCUACUGAAACCACCACAUACUUACCUACUGAAUCCACUACAAACCCACCUACUGAAACCACCACAUACUUACCUACUGAAACCACCACAUACUUACCUACUGAAUCCACCACAUACUUACCUACUGAAACCACCACAAACCCACCUACUGAAACCACCACAUACUUACCUACUGAAACCACCACAUACUCACCUACUGAAUCCACCACAUACUUACCUACUGAAACCACUACAAACCCACCUACUGAAUCCACCACAUACUCACCUACUGAAUCCACUACAAACCCACCUACUGAAUCCACUACAAACCCACCUACUGAAUCCACUACAUACUUACCUACUGAAUCCACAACAUACUUACCUACUGAAUCCACCACAUACUUACCUACUGAAACCACCACAAACCCAGCUACUGAAUCCACUACAAACUUACCUACUGAAACCACUACAUACUCACCUACUGAAUCCACUACAUACUUACCUACUGAAACCACCACAUACUUACCUACUGAAUCCACCACAUACUUACCUACUGAAACCACUACAAACCCACCUACUGAAACCACCACAUACUUACCUACUGAAACCACCACAUACUUACCUACUGAAACCACCACAUACUCACCUACUGAAACCACCACAUACUCACCUACUGAAACCACUACAAACCCACCUACUGAAACCACCACAUACUUACCUACUGAAACCACUACAAACCCACCUACUGAAACCACCACAUACUUACCUACUGAAACCACUACAAACCCACCUACUGAAACCACCACAUACUUACCUACUGAAACCACCACAUACUUACCUACUGAAACCACUACAAACCCACCUACUGAAACCACCACAUACUUACCUACUGAAACCACCACAUACUCACCUACUGAAACCACCACAUACUUACCUACUGAAACCACUACAAACCCACCUACUGAAACCACCACAUACUUACCUACUGAAUCCACUACAAACCCACCUACUGAAACCACCACAAACCCACCUACUGAAUCCACCACAUACUUACCUACUGAAACCACUACAAACCCACCUACUGAAACCACCACAUACUUACCUACUGAAACCACUACAAACCCACCUACUGAAUCCACCACAUACUCACCUACUGAAACCACUACAAACCCACCAACUGAAACCACUACAUACUCACCUACUGAAACCACUACAUACUUACCUACUGAAUCCACUACAAACCCAGCUGCUGAAACCACCACAUACUUACCUACUGAAUCCACUACAAACCCACCUACUGAAACCACCACAUACUUACCUACUGAAACCACUACAAACCCACCUACUGAAACCACUACAUACUUACCUACUGAAACCACCACAAACCCACCUAUUGAAACCACUACAAACCCAGCUACUGAAACCACUACAAACCCACCUACUGAAACCACCACAUACUUACCUACUGAAACCACUACAAACCCACCUACUGAAACCACUACAAACCCACCUACUGAAUCCACCACAUACUCACCUACUGAAACCACCACAUACUUACCUACUGAAACCACUACAAACCCACCUACUGAAACCACCACAUACUUACCUACUGAAACCACCACAUACUUACCUACUGAAACCACCACAUACUUACCUACUGAAACCACUACAAACCCACCUACUGAAACCACUACAUACUUACCUACUGAAACCACCACAAACCCACCUAUUGAAACCACUACAUACUUACCUACUGAAACCACUACAUACUUACCUACUGAAACCACUACAUACUCACCUACUGAAUCCACUACAUACUUACCUACUGAAUCCACUACAUACUUACCUACUGAAUCCACUACAUACUUACCUACUGAAUCCACUACAUACUUACCUACUGAAACCACUACAAACCCACCAACUGAAACCACUACAUACUCACCUACUGAAACCACUACAUACUUACCUACUGAAUCCACUACAAACCCAGCUGCUGAAAUCACUACAUACUUACCUACUGAAUCCACCACCUACUGA